UGCUAAAUCGUGGCUCAUUGCCAAGAGACAUAUCACAUUGCCAUCGUGGCUUUAUCGUAGGAUUCUCUCUGAGCUGAGAGCUUCGACCCCAUGGGGCAUCUCUGAUUCCCCUCUUUUACCCCAUGAUGCACUUCCUCUUGCAAGCGAGGCAAACAAAAACAGCACAACAUGUGUAUCGCCACCGAAGCUUCUCCGGUUCUGCUAUCUUUCUGCUGCCCAAGGAUAGCGACACUUCUCCGCGCGUGCAGUGUGGCUUGAGGCCCUUCUACGACUGGUAUACAAGAUAUCUUGAUAGGCUUCUUUAUUUCAGCCGAGCAAGCUUGUUUUGAAACCAGGGUCGUGUGACAAGCUCGCAAACAUGCAUCUGAUAGCUCCAUACUUUUUAUAGACGAAAUCCAGUUCUGUGGCAGUCAAUUCAAUGUCGAAUACUGAUCAGAAAAGAAGCCCUAUCCCUGGAAGGGAAGUAGUACGGAGAUCGCGGGCUACGGUAUGCUGAUGACACAGCAGCGCCGUCGGAACCGACUUGGAGGUAUAUGAUCGUCGCCCACUUUAAAUCAUUUCUUUUCUGUACCUCGGUCCCCGUGACAUGAAAGCUAUCGGAACUAGGGAUUAAGGUCCCAGGCCCCUUUUCAAUACAUAUUUGGUGAUUUUGGAAGUCCUGCAGAUUUGAUGUCCUGAGCCAGAAGGAUUUGUUUGUGGUGCAUUCAUCGUAGCAAAUCAUUACCCCGCAUCCAGUCAUCAACCCAACGUUUUCUCAUCAACCGUCAUCACGGUAGCUGUCACGACUCAUCGUCAUGGCCGCUCCCUCGAAUGGCUAUGGUGCUGUGAAUCCGACGGGCAAUGGCAAUAGACAUAGCCAGCGUGGAAGCGAUGAGGAACAACCACUGCUCGGCAAUGGCACAUCCAAAGGCAAUUGGCGGUCGAAAUUGAAUGUGAAUGUCAGUAGAGACUGGGCAGACGUCGUUCUUCUCCUGUGUUACAUCAUCACUGGUCUGCUUGACAGUGCAUCAAUAUCCACAUGGGGUUCUUUUGUUUCCAUGCAAACAGGAAACACUGUCUACAUCGGCAUCGGACUCGCAGCACCCAGAGAAUCUCAACGCUGGAUCAAAUCCGGUAUCUCUCUCAUCUCAUUCUGCAUCGGUUCUUUCUGCUUCAGCCGUUUCCACCGCUUCUUCUCCCCCAGCCGAAGAUGGGUGCUGUGCGCCUCGUUCAUGAUUCAAAUGUCGCUCAUCAUUGGCGCAGCCUCCAUCCUAACAUGGGGUCCCCAGUCUGCAACUGAGAAAGACGACAUUACCUGGAAUGUCUUGGUUCCUAUUGCUCUUGUCGCGUUCCAGAGCUGUGGACAAGCUGUCACGAGUCGAGCUCUGAAGUUCAAUGCGCUGACGAGUGUGGUGUUGACGAGUAUCUAUUGCGACUUGUUCUCUGAUGCUGAGUUGUUCUCUGCGCGUAAUGUGGAGAGAAAUCGCAGGGUUGGUGCACCGGUUUUCUUGCUUUGUGGUGCGGUGAUGGGAGGAUGGUUGGCUCACAGUGCGAUUGGGACCGCGGGUGUUUUGUGGAUUGCUGCGGGGUUGAAGGGUAUUGUCGUUAUUUCGUGGUUUAUGUGGCCUGCUGAGAAAGAAUAGAUCGACUGGGUGAGUCUACUGGUGAGCAUGUACAUACCUGAGUGUAAAAGGCUGAAGGGAGUUAGUGCUAUGGUCCUGGAUCUCAAGUAGGAUAUUGAGUCCUGAUGUCACUGUAAGAACUGAGUGUUGCUGUUUUAAAUGUCAGAUAAACAAAACGCGGAAAUUGAGUCUGAUAAGUGGGAGAUUCAACAGAAGACAUUGAACAGUUGUUGUUCACUAGGGAAAAGACUGCAGGCAUAUAACAUCCUUCCAUUGCUACAGACCUUGUGAUGGGUCUGCUGUGUCGUACUAUACAUUGACUAGAAAGGCUUUCACCACACCAAGUAUCCAUCUGCCAAUACUCGCGGAGUCUGUUCAUAGUAACUCAAGUAUACCACAAGCAUAUGCCAAAUGUUCUACA